GAGUGGGAGGGAAGCACUACCGCCAUGGCAGGGAGCUGAGGGAGUGAAGGGAAAGGAAAAUGAUAGUGGUUGUUGUCGGCCUUCCGCCACGACUCCUUCCUCCACCUCCGCUUUUUAAAUACAACCCUCUCUAACCGCCUCUGCUUCCCCACUCCCAACCACCACUCUCUCUCUCUAAAAUCUCCUGUUUCUCACUCUAUACUGUUAAAACCACUUUCCUCUUACAUCUGUUGCUCUAUCGCUUUCUUUCUCCUGACAAUGAGAGUGAUUUUCCUAGAAAAUUAAUAUUCUUCUCUGGACUUGUCCUGCUCUCUUGCUAAACUUCUACUACCUAUGGAAGCGCCGGAGAAUUGCUCCGUCAAGGUCGCGGUUCACAUUCGUCCUCUCAUCGGCGAUGAGCGCCUUCAAGGAUGUGAGGAUUGUGUCACCGUUGUGCACGGGAAGCCUCAGGUGCAAAUUGGUACUCAUUCAUUUACAUUUGAUCAUGUCUAUGGAAAUAGUGGUUCUCCAUCAUCUGCUAUGUUUGAAGAAUGCAUCACUCCUCUGGUUGAUGGUUUGUUCCAAGGAUACAAUGCGACUGUUCUCGCUUAUGGUCAGACGGGGUCAGGUAAAACAUAUACGAUGGGAACUGGCUUCAAAGAUGGUUGCCAGACAGGACUGAUUCCUCAAGCUAUGAAUGCAUUGUUCAACAAGAUUGAAACACUGAAACAUCAAUCUGAGUUCCAGUUGCACGUAUCCUUCAUUGAGAUCCUAAAAGAAGAAGUGAGGGACUUGCUGGAAUCCCCAACUGUGAGCAAACCAGAGGCUACUAAUGGACAUGCUGCGAGAAUUGCUGUCCCUGGGAGGCCACCAAUACAAAUUCGUGAAACAUCGAAUGGAGUUAUAACACUGGCUGGAUCAACUGAAGUUAGUGUUAGCACACUUAAGGAAAUGGCUUCUUGUCUUGAACAAGGAUCAUUCAGCAGGGCAACAGGGAGUACAAACAUGAACAACCAGUCUAGUCGGUCUCAUGCCAUCUUCACAAUCUCAUUAGAACAGAUGCGCAAACUCCAUCCAACUUUUCCUGGUGAUAAUUGUUCAAAUGAGGAGAUGGGUGAGGAGUAUUUAAGUGCAAAGCUUCAUUUGGUAGAUCUUGCUGGAUCUGAACGAGCUAAAAGAACAGGUUCUGAUGGCCUUCGUUUCAAAGAAGGCAUUCACAUUAAUAAGGGGCUUCUUGCACUUGGUAAUGUCAUCAGUGCACUGGGGGAUGAGAAAAAGCGGAAAGAAGGUGUGCAUGUUCCUUAUCGAGAUAGUAAACUUACUCGACUUUUGCAGGAUUCACUUGGUGGAAACAGCAAAACUGUUAUGAUAGCUUGCAUCAGUCCUGCCGAUAUCAAUGCUGAGGAAACUCUUAAUACUCUCAAAUAUGCUAAUCGCGCUCGUAAUAUCCAGAAUAAGCCUGUUGUUAAUAGAGACUUGGUAUCAAAUGAAAUGCAGAAGAUGCGCCAGCAGCUAGAGUACUUGCAGGCAGAACUUUGUGCUCGUAGGGGAGGAACUUCAUCUGAUGAAAUGCAGGUUCUUAAGGAAAGGAUUUCUUGGCUUGAGACUACUAAUGAGGAACUAUGUCGAGAACUUCAUGAGUACCGAAGCAGAUGUGCUGUUGUAGGGCAGUGUGAAUCCAAUGCUCAAGAAGGCAGCAUUUGUUUUGUAAAAACUGAUGGACUCAAGAGGGGCUUGCAGAGUAUGGAAUCAUCUGAUUAUCCAAUGGGUGAAGUUAUAAGUGGUGAAGAUUCCAGGGAGAUGGAUGAAGUAGCCGCAAGAGAGUGGGAGCAUGCGCUUCUGCAGAAUACCAUGGACAAAGAAUUGAAUGAAUUAAACAAACGCUUGGAGCAGAAAGAGUCUGAGAUGAAACUUUUUGGGGGUGACACUGAAGCACUUAAGCAGCACUUUGGGAAGAAAAUCAUGGAACUUGAGGAAGAGAAAAGAAUUGUGCAGCAAGAGAGAGACCGUUUAUUAGCUGAAGUUGAAAGCCUUGCUGCCACUUCUGAUGGACAAAGACAAAAGGUGCAAGAUGUUCAUGCGCAGAAACUAAAAGCACUUGAAGCACAGGUGACUAUUUUAGAUCUUAAGAAGAAACAAGAAAAUCAGGUUCAGCUUUUAAAGCAAAAACAAAAAAGUGAUGAAGCAACAAAGCGGCUGCAAGAUGAAAUACAGUCUAUCAAAGCCCAAAAGGUACAGUUGCAGCACAAGAUAAAACAAGAAGCAGAACAAUUUCGACAAUGGAAGGCCUCUCGUGAGAAGGAACUGCUUCAGCUGAAGAAAGAGGGUAGGAGAAAUGAGUAUGAGCGACAUAAAUUGCAAGCCCUGAAUCAGCGCCAGAAAAUGGUUCUUCAAAGAAAAACUGAAGAGGCUGCAGUAGCUACCAAAAGGCUGAAAGAGUUACUAGAAGCUCGCAAAUCUUCAGCACGUGAUAAUUCCGUUUAUUCCAAUGGACAUACACCAACAGGGCUGAACAAUGAGAAGUCUUUGCAACGGUGGCUUGACCAUGAGCUAGAAGUCAUGGUGAAUGUGCACGAAGUUCGUUUUGAAUAUGAGAAGCAAAGCCAAGUACGGGCUGCACUGGCUGAAGAGUUAGGCUUACUGAAACAAGUGGAUCAGUUGUCUUUGAAUGGGCUCAGUCCCCCAAGAGGAAAGAAUGGGCAUUCUAGAAUGUCCUCUAUGUCACCAAAUGCAAGAUUGGCAAGAAUAGCUACACUUGAGAACAUGCUGAACAUCUCUUCAAAUGCGCUUGUGGCAAUGGCUUCACAACUAUCUGAGGCAGAAGAGCGGGAGCGUGCCUUUACUGGUCGCGGUCGUUGGAACCAGUUACGCUCAAUGGGAGAUGCAAAGAACCUGCUUCAGUAUAUGUUUAAUGCUGCUGGAGAUGCAAGAUGCCAGUUGUGGGAAAAGGAAAUGGAAAUCAAGGAAAUGAAAGAGCAACUGAAUGAACUUGUAAUUCUACUGAGACAAAGUGAAGCACAGAGAAAAGAAAUUGUGAAGGAGCAAAAAUUGAGGGAGCAAGCCGUUGCUAUUGCCCUUGCUACCUCAGCUUUGGGGAACUCAAACAAUUCAUUGAAACACCUUGCGGAUGAUAUGAGUGAUCCCUUAUCUCCAGUUUCACGUCCAGCACAAAAGCAACUGAAAUAUACAGCUGGAAUUGCCAAUGGUUCAGUCAGAGAGUCAACAGCUUUUCUGGACCAGAAAAAGAUGGUACCAAUCGGGCAGUUGUCCAUGAAAAAACUGGCCACAGUAGGUCAAGCUGGAAAACUGUGGAGGUGGAAGAGGAGUCAUCACCAGUGGCUGCUACAGUUCAAGUGGAAGUGGCAGAAGCCAUGGAGACUAUCGGAAUGGAUCAAGCACAGUGAUGAGACAAUCAUGAGGUCGAGGCCUCGUCCAAGGGCUCUGGUUGAUACAAUGUGAUAAUGCCAUACUCACCUGCAUUUUGCUCUGUAUACAUCUUGACUGCCAUAUAUGAUCCAACACAUGGUUCCAUGACCACACAAAUAACUGCAGGUAUGAAGAUGGAGAUCGAUGCUCUCCACUAUCUUUGGCUGAGACUUGUAAAUGGGGAUUGGGAUUAGUUUUGGAUGUGUUGGCUUUGGAUAACUAUUGGUUCAGAGGCAUCUCGUCCGGGUGGUGGCUCACAGAUUGUGGAUGAAAAACUUUGUAAAGGUGGGGUGAUUUGAGUAUCAUGCAUAUAGAAGAAGAUAUGGUUGGAGAUGCUUCGUGCUUUCCCCCUUUUUAUUUGCCUACAUAAAAUGACAGUGAAAGAGGAAAGUUUCUGUUAAGUUUAGUUUUGUGUAUAAACCAUCGCUUAGUAUUGAUUCCUGUUUAUACACACGUAGUGCUGAUUUCAUUAGAAGUUGUUGAAAUCUCUAAUUUGCGCCUUCAGAAAUUAUUAUCAUCAUCAAUUUUUGGUUUUAUAUGAAGUUGGGUUGGAUU